AUGAAUACUGCAAUAAAUAAAUCAGCAGUUGUGGCAAGAUCUAGUAAUGUCACCACCACCAGUGCUAAUGUUCUUUCUAAUAGUAUUUUACGUCGAUGGUUAAGUGGUAAAACUCUUUAUCUUUCUAAUCUUUCUUACGGUACUAAUGAACAAAGUCUUGAAGCACUUGCAUCAAAAUAUGGCAAAGUUGCAUCGAUCCGAAUGCCUAGAGAUUUCGAGGGUAGAAGUCGCGGAUUUGGAUUUGUCGAAUUUUGUGAGGAAUCAGAUGCAGAAAAGGCCCUAGAAGGUUUACAAGGUGUGGAACUCGAAGGCAGAGAAUUAAGAGUAGCAGAAGCAACUGGCUCAAAAGGAGGAGGUGGUGGUUUCAAUAGACCACCACGUGAAGAUUUUGAAGAAUAUGAUCGUGGAAGUUACGGACGCCGUGGAGGUGAUUUCGGUGGACAGAAGGUUGCAGAUGAUAAAACGUUUGAAUCAGAAUUGGCAGGUGGACAAAGCGGAGAAGAAUUACCGUGGUUUGUAGAUCGUUGA